CCCACCACGCCCCGGCAAUUAAGGGCUACCAGGUGAGUCGUAGUCUAUCACAACACUCUUCCGGGCCAUGCUACUGCAUGCCCGAGGACUGUGACGCUUCCCGGGACUACAUGCACCAUCCCGACCACUACCAGGGGCCCAACGACCACCCCUACUACCCGCCUGGUGGGCCCCCUGAACCCCUGGCGAUGGUUCCAUCUGGUGGAGGCACUUUCCCCCGCUCACACCCCAGUCAACCGCACCCACCCUACGACUCCACAUGUGAGGAGUGCCUAUCUUCGACAGGACAUGGCCAUGGGGGAAAAAUGCACCGCAUCCCACCCAGCCUCCUGGACCAGUUUGAGAAACAGGUUCCCUUCCACCCUGACGGCUUCCAUACUCUACAAUACCAACGCACAGCCAGCGGGGAGCAACGCAGCGAGAGUCCAAGUCGCAUACGCCAUCUGGUCAACUCGGUUCAACGUCUCUUCGCCAAGUCUCAUUCGCUGGAGACUCCAUCCAAACGAGAGUUUAAUGGCACUCGUGGGGGAGAAUAUAGAGAAAGGGGGCAGCGCAGCGGAGGGGAGGACGGUGGUGGGCACCAUUAUUCCGGAACGCACCAGUCUCGGUCCACCCGGCGCAGCAAGAGCCGGGAACGCAGCAAAAGCGGAGACUCCCGCCAUGAGUCACGAAGCUCCCGUCAUCGCAGCAAAACGGCCGGUUGGUGGAGCUCUGAUGAUAACCUGGACAGCGACAGCAGUUUUCUUGUGGGGGCGGGCAGGGGGGCACGGGGAUAUCCCACCGGACAUGAGACCCUUGAUGCGGCCAUCCAAGAGCUUACCUUAAGGAAAUCUAAGGGACCCCCUCCAGGAGAGUGCCUGGCUUGCACCAACAUAGCCAUGUCUGCAGGGGACAGCGGACACUCUCUGAAGAGAAGCACGUGGUCGGCUAUGACGGUCAGCCAGGCGAGAGAGGUCUAUCCAUCUUCUCGGGGAGGUGGAGGAGGCGGGGGAGGAGCAUACGACAAGGCAUUGGUUCCCAUGGAUCCGAAAAUGAAGGAACGAUCACUCCACUAUCUACAGGUGCCCUCAGAUGACUGGGGUGGUGGGGGUCCGUCUGACAGUGGUGGAGAGAUUCCCUGCAGACGUAUGCGCAGUGGCAGCUACAUCAAGGCCAUGGGGGACGAUGACAGCGGCGACUCUGACACCAGCCCCAAAGCCUCACCAAAAUCAGCCCUCAUCGCCCAGAGAGAAGCCUUCCGCCGAUCCAUCAGCAUGGACCAGCGCUCCUCCACCACAUCUAAGUAUUCCUGUAAACAGUGUACAGAUGGUUACCCAAACAGCCGCACCACACCUAAAGGCCACGCCCGCUCUCGCAGUUACACCCGCUCGCUGACCAGCUCUCAGCUGGGAGAAACUUUGAACCUGUUUGGGGAGAUGGAAUCACAGGCUGUCGAGGCUCUAGAUCUGCCCGGAUGCUUUCGAACCCGCAGUCACAGCUACGUGCGGGCCAUUCAAGCUGGCUGCUCCCAGGACGACGAUUGCCUCUCUGUCUUCUCAAUGUCUGGCCCACUGAGCAGCGUGAAGGGCGAGGCAGUGUUCCCGUACAGGAAAGGCCCACCUCCUCUGCCCCCACGGAUGUCCAAACCAAUGAUCUCUGUUACCGCCCAGAGCAGCACUGAAUCCACCCAGGACGCUUACUUUCAGAGCACAGGCCAGCCUUCUUUGGUUCGACCCAGGCAGCACAGCAACUCAGUGGACCUGACGGAGAGCACCGCUGGCCGUACUUCUAGGGGCGGGCACUAUUUGGGCGGGAGCUCGUCACGGGUCAGACAGAGCAGUAACUCUGCAGAGAGCCUGAAUGGCAGGGCUCUUCAGAGCAUCAGCUAUCCUGGUGGGCCCAUUCCAUUGAAACCCAAACACAGCAGCUCGGCUGAUAACCUGCUGGAGGGACCCAGGGGAUCCAGAGAGCGCAUUGUAGGAAGCCUGGGAAAAUCUGCCUCCCUGCCGCAAAACAGCAUGUCCCUGGCUAAAGCUUUAACUGGGGGAGAGGAGUUCAAACAGGAAGGGAGAGGGAGGAAGUGGAGACCCUCUAUCGCAGUACAGGUGGACAGCUCAGAGACAUUGUCAGAUUCAGACCCAGAAGGCAAAGUCCUGAGAGAGGUUCAUUCUAUUGGAGUGCAAGUGGAAGAUGACAAGAGGCGAGCCAGAUUCAAGCGCUCCAACAGUGUAACCGCAAGUGUCCAGGCUGACCUUGAAACCGAGGGUUUCGGUGUGCUCACUGUCCCCACUCAGGAUAAAGGCCUGCAGUUCGGUUGCUCAUUUCAGCGCCACUCAUCCGAACCAGAGUCAGCCAGUCAGUUUGCCGAGUACCGCACGGUGCACACACAGGGCCAGUGGGCCUACCGUGAGGAUUACCAAAGCGGUUACACCACCACUGAGUCUGGACCCCCAGAACUGAGGGCCCUGCCCCGCUCACACUCCCCCUUGCCCCUGGCUCCCGACCGAGCAGUUGUAGGAUGGAUCGAGGGCCCGCGGAGCCUCCCCGAUUCGGGCCGAGCUUCCCCCUGCUUACGGGAUGGAGAAUUUUUCCUCCGUCUCCUGCAGACGGAGGUGGAAAGGAUGGAGGGAUGGUGCCAGAACAUGGAAAGAGAGGCAGAAACAAACGAGCUGCCAGAGGAAGUGCUGGAGCUCAUCAGAGGAGCUGUUGGCAGUGCACAGAUGCUCAUGUCCCAGAGAGUUCAACAGUUCUUCAGGAUGUGUCAACAGAGUGUGGAUCCCUCGUUGUACCCUCAGCCCAUCACACAGGAUUUGGCCAGUUACUGGGACCUCCUGCAGUUGGCCAUUGAGGAUGUUAGGGUGAAGUUUCAGGACCUACAGCGGCUGAAGGACUCGGGCUGGAGGUUGCUCCCUGAGAAGAAGGAGGACAAGAAAGUUCCACCACCAUUACCAAAGAAACCGGCUGGUGGUGUGACGGGUAGCCUGCGGGCGGACAGCGCCUCCGAGGCGGUGGUUGGGGGCAGUGCUGGCAUGCUGGUGGUUUCACGAGGGCGUAGCGUGCCCGAACGGGAGAAAUCAUUGGACAUAGGAGACCGUCAGAAAUUGGAGACACGGCGCAGGUUGCUCCAGACCAAGCGUUCCGCCUCUUUUCGUCAGAAUUCUGCUACGGAGAGUGCAGACAGUAUCGAGAUCUACAUCACAGAGGCACAGACGAGACUAUGAGAUGCCCCUGGACAACCAGAGCAACUCUUCUCUGCCUCACACCUUUGCACAGACGUCAUAAAAGAGUGCAGAAAUUUCAAAUGGAGAGAUGAAGAUGACUUCCAAGUAUGCUGCUGGUACCUGCUUGUUUUUGGGAUAAGGUCUUUGGAUGUUGCGUUGCACACUUUUUAUUUAUUCGUUUAUUUUGAGCAAGUGUUAAUAUUUUCAGAAAAAAAGGGCUCAUCCAGCACAACCAUGUGGUUAAAGACUUUUCUUAGUCCACAUAAUACUCAAAAAUCUUUAGGACUGUUUAACACACUAACACACAUACGGGUGCAAUAUCAUUUAUUGAGAGGAUCUUAAAACUACGGUAUUCUUUUAAAUAAUUGACCUUCUUUUGAUAUAUUUAGAAAUCUCGUUUACUGAGUGUGUACUGUACUUGUUUCCUAAUCGUUUCCACAGUGCGGCGAACGUCAAGUAAACGUCGCCCUUUCACUGUGACACGAGCCCACCCUUGUGGCCAGAGUAGAGUAAUGCAUCCUGAAAGCUCAGGCUAGAUCUGUACAUUUGGAGGCCUGUUACUGAAUGUCAUAGUAGUACGGUUGUAAAACUCAUGGAAGCAACGUUUUCAGUAAAGACGGUAAACAACAUAAACAAACGUUAUGUAGCCCAAAUUUUCACUUACGGUAGCCACCCCAAAGAAUAUAAUACGGUUGAGUAGUUUAAAAAUGUACAAUAUAUACAAUAAAAUAUGAAUAUAAAUUAAUAUUCAUAUAAAUUAAAUACACAAUCUUUUUUUAUGUUUUCAAACACACAGACCGGAAGUUAAGCGUGUCUGAUGAAACCUUUUUUUCAUCAGGGAUCCAUCUCCUGUAGCCUAUACUGCAAUAUCAUUAUACAAUUGCAAUUUUACAGAUGCAUUCAGGCUUCUUGACAAACUGGCAAACCUCUAAAAAUAUGAAAGAAAAAACAUUCAGUGAAGCUUUUUAAAAGAGGACAGUCUUCAUCACAUGACAGCAAAACAGCAGGACGGACCCGGGGGUGAUGAAGACAAUCUUAAAUUUCACACUUGACCUGUACACUGAAGAAUGGAUAUUCAGAGAGAGGAGGGUACACGUCUUGUUCAUUUCACCCCUCUCUGCCUUUUUAUGUAACAUAUGAAAACCAUCAUACGUGAAAUCAAUGUAGCUUCGGCACUUUGAAUGAGUGCUUUAAUUUCAGUCUCUUUUUUACUCUUUGUUUUCAAUUUUAGUUGGAAGAAGGAUGAAAUUACUCAAACAAAAUCUUCUUUUCCAUUCUAUUUGUUUGCUUCCCUCUCACACAGGGUUUCAUAAACUUUAUAUUUGUAUUGUGAUAAAUAGCCUAUUUACACCAAAAGAAAAUUCAUUUGAUGAAUAUAACUAAAACAGUGUUUUUAUGUGGAGAUUGUUAUGUGCUCAUGAUAGAACAGAAACAUUCAUGGACAUACAACGUUAGCGAAUGAAAAAGUUGUUUAUGUGCCAAUUGGGGAUUUUACAACAGCGGAGACAAGAUUGAUCUGAUUUUUUUGGUGUCAAACCAUGGAAGAUGUAGAAUAUUUUAUUGGGAUAUGUAUAUUUUAUAAAGUACAUUUUUAGAUUAGAAAUAGUCUAAAGUGGUGUUAAAUAAAAUAAUAUUAUAAAAGAGUCUUUAGAAAGAGAGAGAUUUAUAGCUCUGUGGACUUACGUGUUUUAGUUGGACUUAUCAGAGUCUAAAAAAGACUUUGGGUAGAAUUGUGAGCUUGUUGAAAUAGACAGGAUGAUAUUUUAAAACAAGAGCUAGUUGACUACUUGCCAUGUUGUCCACGGGCAAAAAAUAUAUAAUCUCUUUUCUAUAUCUUGAUUAUCUACAUGUGCCUAACAUGAGCACUAUGUGUGGCUUUUUUCAAAACUUAUUCAGUAUUAUAUUCAACAUGAAAUAUGACUCGCACACAAUAUGUGUUGUUCUAAUAAUAUUAUUUCUUCCACCUCAUCCAGCUAAUAACCACCUCACACUGGAUGUUUCUAUGUAACCUGCAUGCUGUUAUUAAUCCAUAUAAAAAGAACAAACUCUAUCAAAACUGUAGAUUUUUAUCCCGUGUCUAGAAAGAAGACAGGUGUAUUUAUCUAUAAUAUUUAUUUAGAAUGACUACACCCACAUUUCUGUAUCGCACUGGUUUUUCUAAAGACACGACGGUCAACUAUUCAGCCUGUCAUUCAUAUGCAGUAUAUAUAUGUUACUGUACCUCUCACAUCUCACUUUCUUUGUAUUUAUUUUUCGUCUAUACAUAGCUUUUUCUGAACCCACUUUGUAGAUCCAGGUGCUUUUGAAGCUUCAAUACAGUUGUAAUUAUGCUCAAAUGUCACAUUUUGUAGAUGCAGCAAGUCUAUAAAGACAGAAAAGCACAACAGACUAUUUCUUCCACUGUGAAGGACGCCUGCCUUCUCAAAACACUUACAGACCGUCUGUGAUGUGGAGUUUGAAUUUCUAGGUUGAUCUUUUAUCAGGGCCAUAUGUUUUUGAUACAUCAACAGGACAUUCAAAAAAGACUGAACUUUUUUUUUGAUGGGUGAGUUGUUUACUUUUUCAGGCACCUGCUGAUACAGGAAUCAACAUUAGACUAUGAAGGACUACUGAGACAUUUUAACCCACAUGUUUUUCAAUGGAUGGAACUCUGGGAUGUAUUGAACCCCAUGUCAACACAUGACCCAGGUAUGUGGAUUGUCAACAGUCUCAAUAGAUAAGUAUGGAUGGCUUAAACUCUGCCUCGGUGCCAUAAAAAAAAACAAGUCUGAUAUACGUUGGCGAACAUGAUGUGUAGCCUUUAUAGAAUAAGAUGCCGUGACCAGAUUUAAAUAGUGAUGAAUAAUUAUCUUAGUUGCACAGAGGAGCUUGUAGCUGUGUGUGUUAUUGGGGCACUGUGAUGUAGACCUUACAUUGGAUUCUAAACUCCCGCAUAACAGAUCACUGGAAAUUACAUGAGUCAUAGACUUACAAACAAUUACUGUGUAAUUACAAAUACCUUCUCACAUUCUGUCUUUUAUGUACAGUAAAUAUAUCUGUUGCGAUUUAAGUUAUUGAUAGCCUAUUAAUAUUCCAUGGAUUGUUAUGAUUGCUGGUAUUAUUAUUGAUUUCAGAUACAGUGAGAAAAUGUUAUUGCGAUUAUUAUAAUGAGAAACUCUAUUCUGUAUUCUCAAGGGUGUUAAUAAUGUAUAAAAGUCACCCUGUUUAGAUUUUAUUCUUAUGUUUGUAAUUGCUGCUAAUGUAGAAAAUAGACCGGAGGAUGACGGGACGUUUCUAAAAAGAGCCACUAAUGUUUAGCAGUUGCAUGAGAGACAUCACAUGCCAGGACAGAAAACAAAGUGAACACGUAGAGUUGUAACUGAGCCUACUUCACAUUUAUGUAUUCUCUCUUCCAUUAAAAGAGGGGGGCAGGUUGUGGUGGAGCAAACAUUUUUCCUACACCGAGUUGCUCAAACAGAACAUGAAAUCAUUGUGGAAAUAUUAUUUGCUAUUGUUGUAAAGGUUGUAAUUGUUCUUUGCCUGUUUUUGUUAUCACAUAUUUGUUUGAUACAGUGCCAAGGUUAAAUGUUAAUUUUGUAUCUAUGCUUUUUAUAUUGUUUAUUUUACCGAGCAGAGCUAACUGCAAUAGCUUACAGCAACUUCACCCUUCUUGGUAUUUUAUUUCUAGAUUUGAAAUAAAUCAAACUUUUACUGAUUUGUUGAAACAACGGCUGGAUGCCACAUGUGAUAUGUACAUUGAUCAAAUGUUUAGUCUAUAGUUUGUUUUUGUUUCUUGCCACUGUACAGUUCAAUGUUUGCUAGCAUUACAUCAGAGAGAUGGCACACUGUGAUGUGGUAAAAACUAAACAGAAUGUAAUAUUGUCAACAGUUGUAAACAUUUUCUAUAAACGAUUAUAAAGCUAUUUUAGCAAGGUAAAAUAAUUGCCGUUUACGUAGCAUUUUAUUUUGUCAAUAUUCAAAUCAAGGGUCUCUUAACU